UAAUUAAAAUGUCAUUAUUUAUUAAAAAUAUUUUAAUUUUAUUUACAACAAUUUUAUUUGCAAUUAUUUUGAAUAAUUCCAAUGUAUUUGGAAUGAGAAAACAGGGAGUAGCAAUUAGUGGAAGAUUUAUUUGUGGAAAUACUUCGGCAUUAAGUAAUUCUACAAAAGUUAGAAUUGUUGAUAUUGAUACAGGUCCCGAUCCAGACGAUACUUUGGAUGAAAAAUUUGUUGAUGCAACUGGGGCAUUUAAAUUAAAUGGAUAUACUAGAGAAUUAACUGAUAUAGACCCCGUUCUUUAUGUUUGGACACGAUGUUAUUCAUUGGAAGCUCCCUGCCAUCGCAAAAUUAAAUUUUUAAUUCCCAAAAAAUUUAUUAUUGGAGAAGAACCAAAACUAAAUGAAUGGCUUGAUAUUGGAAUAAUUAAUUUACAAUCAACUUUUGAAGUUUUUUUUCUUUAA